AUGUCGAACGUCCUACGAGCAAGCAUCGAGAUCAACGCAUCGCCAGAGGCAGUUCGCGCGAAGUUCCUAGAUUUCUCCGCUCUCCCAUCCUACAGCAGGUUUUUCGAGAAAGUCGACAGCCCCAGGCCCGGAAUAGAACUACAGAAGGGCGACAAAGUCUCCAUCAAGAUCACGAACUCGCCAACUUUCGCGGGUAGUAUAGUGACCAACACUCCCGAACUCUUCGCCUGGACCGGCAGUGUUCCUCUCAUAUUCACCGGCACACACACUUUCCACUGGACGCCCUCCCAAACCACACCAGGCGGGACGACAUUCAUGCAGGAGGAGAAAUUCACUGGCCUGCUCGGGGGACUGCUUUAUAGCGAUGGAGCGAUUGCCAAGAGUGCGGGGAUGAAGGAGAAGACGCGCAAGGGGUGGGAGGGGUUCAACGUGGACUUGAAGAGGGCUGUUGAGGCGGGGCAAGGGUAG